UGUGACCUGCGUUUGUAACUCAGUCUGUGGUGUGUGUUAAACACUGCUGCAAGAACAGGGUAAAACUGUCCGGAUACAGCUGUCCUUACAGGUACGAUGAUGAACCGCUGUGGUCUGCUAACUCUGCAGAAGGAACCAGUUCCUCUGAAGAGCAUUGAGGUGGAGCUGGAGGUGAGGGACCAUGUGGCUACAGUGGUCUCCACUCUGAACUACGAGAACAAGGAGGACAAACCAUUAGAGGCUGUUUUUGUCUUCCCUCUGCCUGGAGAUGCUGCUGUCUGUCAUUUCAGUGCUAAGAUUGGACAGACACAGAUUGUAGCUGAGGUGAAGGAGAAACAGGAGGCUCGUGAGGAGUAUGAUGAUGCUCUGAGCUCCGGUCAGCAGGCCUUCCUAUUGGAGGAGAGUGAGCAGAGUCCAGAUAUAUUCUCUCUGAGGGUGGGCAGUCUGCCUCCGGGAGAGAGCGCCUCCAUCAGGUUGGAGUACGUCACUGAGCUGGCUGUGCAGGCUGAUGAUGGGCUGAGGUUCUGUCUGCCUGCUGUGCUCAACCCUCGAUACCAACCUCAGGGUAGUGAAGCUGCAGAUGUCCAGGUGACUUCUGUUCCAGCCUCUCUGGUGCCCUACAGUCUGUCUUUCUCUGCCCGAGUGUCCUCUCCUCGUCCAGUCUCUAAAGUAGAGUCCAACUGUUCCCUGGACCCUCUCCAGUACCUCAGCACUGAUCAAACCCAGGCCACGGUCAAGUUGGCUGCAGGACACAAGUUUGACAGAGAUGUUGAACUGCUGAUUUAUUACAAAGACGCCCACCAGCCCACUGCUGUGGUGGAGGCAGGACAGGCCUCUGCUGAGGCAGGCACUCUGAUGGGUGAUCCAGUGGUGAUGGUGAGUCUGUACCCUGAGUUCCCCCAGUCUGUGAUGUCUUCAUUGGCUUCAUGUGGAGAGUUUGUGUUCCUAAUGGAUCGAUCUGGAAGUAUGAGUAAUACUCGCAUCCGCAGUGCCAGGGAUUCUCUGCUGCUCCUGUUGAAGAGUUUACCAAUGGGCUGCUAUUUCAACAUUUACAGUUUUGGGUCCAGAUAUGAACACAUCUUCCCUAAGAGUGUGGAGUACAGCCAGCAGACCAUGAAGAAGGCUCUGAAGAAAGUUGAGCAGAUGGAGGCUAAUCUGGGAGGAACGGAGAUCCUGCAGCCCCUCAAUCAUAUUUACAGCCAGCCCUGCAUUCCCAAUCAGCCUAGACAGCUGUUUGUCUUUACUGAUGGAGAGGUGGGGAACACCAAAGAAGUGAUAGAUCUGGUGAAGAAGAAUUCAGGUUCUCACAGGUGUUUCUCCUUUGGGAUUGGGGAAGGGGCCAGCUCUGCUCUCAUCAAUGGGAUGGCCAAAGAAGGAGGAGGUCACGCUCAGUUCAUCACAGGGACUGACAGGAUGCAACCAAAAGUGAUGCAGUCGCUGCGAUUUGCUCUGCAUCCGACUAUGGUCAACAUCUCAGUCACAUGGGAUUUACCAAAGGAAGUGUCUGUCACUGUCCUCUCUCCACCAAUCACAGCACUUUUCCAGGGUCAGAGGUCACUGAUUUAUGCCCAGCUCAGUGGACAGAGCUCAGAGGCAGCAGAGGGCUGUGUGACAGUGAAGUACAGCCUGGCAGGUCAUCCCUCUGAGAACCAGCUGCACUUCAGUCUCAGACCUGCAGCAGACACUGGAUUAACGGUCCACAGGUUGGGUGCUCGGAUUCUUAUUCGCUCCCUGGAGAUGGAGGAGAGGGAGCACAGAGGACAGCAGGAAGGAGGAGUGAAGGAGAAGGUGGUGAAGCUCAGUGUCCAAUCAGGAGUGAGCAGUUCUUUCACCGCCUUCAUUGCUGUCAACAAAGACAACAGCAAAGUGAUUGAAGGACCUCUUGUGCGCAGAAAUAUUCCAACACCCUUUGCUGACUCCAUGGCAAUGUGUGGUCCACCACGCAUGAUGGGUGUACCCAUGGUAAACUGUGGUUCCGCGCUCAGCUGCAGACAGACAGUAGCACAGACCAACUUGCGUAGACCCAUGGCAAUGUGUCGUUCCAGGCGCGUGGAUGGACCCGCGGCAAAGCGUUAUUCUGCGUAUAGAUUCAACACAUUUUGUUAUUCUGCGCCCACUGCUGUGCCCGAUCAGCCUCCCAGAGACCCUUUGCUGCAGUUAGUCUCCCUCCAGGAGGCGUCUGGCUGCUGGCUGCUUGAUCCAGCUCUGGCUGCUGCACUGGGAAAGAGCAGCGAGGAGGUGGAAAAGUCAAAGCCUGCAAAGGCCAACAGUGAAGUGUGGGCCACCAUUCUGGCUCUGAUCUGGCUUCAUGGUUUGAAGAUGGAUGCAAAGGACGAGUGGGAGCUUCUGGCUAUGAAGGCUACAUCAUGGCUCCGUGCUCAGAACGCACCAUGUGUGACAGAGUGUGUGGAAGCUGGAAAUGUCCUGUUGGGCUGCAGCGUGAAGAGAGAAGCUCUGGGGCUCUGAGGGAUUUCUUCAAGUGGCUUCACCUUCAGGGCUGAUGAACAGAAGCAGAUCUACUCUCACCAUACUGCCUUU